GUUGGUCGUCCUUGGAAGCACACACUGUCGUUUUCGCGCUGCCACGACACGGUGAAGAAGGCUUUGCACAGCGUCAUAUCCUGUUCCAUGGAGUUGUGACGAUUCUUGCUGUCCAUGUGGUGUAGAUGGGGCACGACAGGAAGGCUGACACAGGAGGAAGCUAGCUGCCAGCCUCCAUCUUGACAGUACAAAUCUAUCACAGACUUGCUCGAACCCGGAGGCUGCUCUCAGUCUCUCCGCCCACGCACCCUCAUGCCCACAAGGCACCCACACUCAUUCGUCAAGAUGUCUCUCGUUCACCAGUCACUCUUUCAUGUUCUCCUCCUCUCGGUCUGCUCCCUCUGCAUCCUUGCGGCACCUACUCUCUCUGGGGCACCCCAGACCAUCAUUGAGCUUCCUAGCGUUCUCCCUACUACGCCCAAUGUCGAGACGACUACGGCUACUUCGUCUGCGCCACCAGCGUCCUCACUGUCCUCACCGCCACCGACGUCCUCAGCGCCAUCGGCUGAUGUUUUCGUCUUCGAACUGGCUGGCGGUUCUCCCUCCUGGAUUGCCACAACAGAGAUUAUUCUACGGAUACCACAAUCCUCAGACACUGCCCUUGGUGUCUCCGCGUCUCCCAUUUCUACCAGCGACACCCAAGAUUCUGCUGCCUUAUCUGCCAAUACUGCCGCACAGUCAUCCAACAGUGUUAUGCCUACAUCGCUCCUUGUGGCUGAUCCGAUGGAUGCCCCGACGACUUCUGCUGCUACUCGUACCACCCUCUAUGUCCCUCCUACAUCGACGGACUCUGCGGCAGUAUUGCAAGAUGCGGUCACGUCUGCGUCUACCGGUCUCCCACCUGUGCUCUCUCUGUCGAAGACUUCUAGCGCUGCCUCCUCUAUCCCUGUGUCUUCGACUCACACAUCUUCAUAUGUUACUGGCUCUGCCUCCAUGGAUGAUCCAAAUCCCACCGCGGAGACUCGGACCACAUCUAAUGCUGCCAGCCAAACGUCGCGACGGUCUGCUAUCUUGGCUGCGUUCCUCACCAUUGGCACGCUUGCUAUGCUUGGCAUCACUAUGGUCUGUAUGCGCUGCAAGCUUCCCUGCCGGGGCCGCCGCGUCAAGGGCAACGGCAAGAAGGUUCGCUUUGCCGAUCCUGAUGAAGAACAGGCACAGCAAGUGCCAUCCAUGUAUGGCGAGAAGGACGAGAAGACCAGCGUCAUCCCGGGCCCGCCAACGCCCACUGAGAUCAUUCUUCCGUCUCUUCCUCAACAACCCUCCUCUUCUACGCCGAACCUGCAACCGGACUGGCGGGUCUAUGCCCCCAGCGUCGAGGGUCAGUUCGAGGAUGUCACGCAUAUACUCUCCACAAGUGCCUUUGCUCCCAUUGAAGCUGAGGGAGGAUCUCCUGGCGCCGAUUCUGUCUUGUCUGGCGCAUCUGAGGAUUCUUCGAGGGCAGCAUCCUCCGGGCGCGCAAGCGGUGGGGCGGUCAGCCUGACGGCCGAGUCGUACAAGUCGUGCGAGUCCCGCUACUCAAGCCCCAGCCUCGAGCGGCAGUCGCGCGACGGCCCGCCCGAUUCAGGCUCCUCGGACUCGAUGCACCUGUCGCCGACCUUCCACCACUCGCCGUCGCCGCCUGCCUCGGAGCUUAUUCAGACUCCGGACCCUGGCAUGGGUGUGGCAUUCGUGCCGCUCGAGCAUGUAGGUGGCAAGGAGGCGCAUAAGCUGGUCCGCGGAAGGCCCGAGUCGGAUGAAGUGGACGAGGUGGGGUCGGAGUGGGAUGUUGCUAAGGCGUAUGGCGCGCACAGUAGCGUUGGACAGGAAUCUGUGCUCAGUGUUGUUGUGGAGAACAUGGAGUCUGUCGAGGUCGGUGGGCGCAAAUGUGUCUUGGUACAGGGAUGAAGUCUCGUUACGGAAACGUGUACAGUAAUUUGGUGGGCGUCGUUGUUAUUGAGGGAUAUGGUUUGCUAACGCUGAAUUGAAAUUGGGCCCUCACAGC